CCAGACAACCGCGCGCCUGUCCUCCAGACGGCGGCGGCGACGAGGCGAAGGCGGCCUGGCUUGCCUGACUGGGAUGAGCGCGGGACGCGACGUCAGAGCAACAAGCGAGCAGCUCAGCUCGGCCGGGCCACGUAGCGCCAGCGGGGCAGCUCAGGUCAUCGGUGGGCACCCAUCUGCAACGGCCCCGCGUCGCGGUUCAUCGCGGGACAGCGGGUUUCUUCUUCACUCCCUCCCGCAGUUGAAGCAGCACAUGAAACCCGGACUGUGAGCUACCCUGCCUGCAUGCGCUCCAGGAGGAGGUCGCGAAGGUGAUGAGCCAUUCAUGGCCCCUGAUGGCAAAAAGACGUAAGGUGGUCCUCUCUUCUUCCUCGCCUGCUCUGCCCGUCACAGGAAGUGAUUUUAAGCUUCGUCGGGUUUUAUUUUAACGCUCAUGGAGGCACGCUCGCCGCAGGUUGCCUACCCCGGACAACAUGGACGCUUUGUUUGAAUCCGGUUGACUGUUUCGUACACCUCAUCCCCUCCUUCCUGUCGAGGGAAGGUGGGGGUUUGGUGCACCUUACCCUUCAGCGUCAUAAAGUUUCAUGAAAUCCUGCCAAAACCUCAAGGAGGAGGUCUCUGUCCCGUGCCCGGGCGGGAUGUCACAGGAGGAGGGACGCAAGCCGCAGGUGUCACAGUCCUACUUCCACCCGCCAAUCCCGGAGGUGGACCUGACAGGCAAGCUUUAUAAGAGGGAAGCGGGUGGGAAACCCUACUCGGUCCUGGUGGACAACAAAAUGGCGACCAAGACGGCGGCGGCGGCGGCCGAUUCGGCUCAGCAGUAUUUCCGUGAAGGCGCGGCGGGACAAGACGCACGUACGCCAGCGGAUGAGGCGACCUCCGAGGAGACGGAAGAGGAGGAUGACGAGGAGGAGGAGGAAGAGGAGGACGGCGAGGAGGAAGGUUUUAAGCGUGAGCAGAUCAUUGUGGAGGUAAACCUCAACAAUCAGACCCUCCACGUAUCCAAGGGCGAUAACAAAGGCGGCGCAGCCGGAGACGAUUCGGAGAGAGGUUGCAGCGAGGACAACGACGACGGGGAGGAGGACGAAGACGAGAGCCCCGAAGAGGACGAGGAGGAGGACGAGGAGAUCGAAAGUCGGAGGACGAGGUCAAAGAGGGCCCACAGAGGUGCCAGUGGAGCUUCCUGCCAGCCGCAGCGGAAGAGUCUCCGGACGGCUCUAAACUCAUCGGCGUCCGGGAUGACCACAAGGGGGCGACGGAAACACGCCGCCGAAAUGGCGAAGAGCCAGCGGCGCGCCACCCGCUCCGCCCCGCCGCCGUCCGCGGGCGCCACGCUGAGCGGCGGCAAGGCCGAGGGGGAGAAGGAGAUGCUGGCGUGCGAAAAGUGCCCUCGCGUGUUCAACACACGCUGGUACCUGGAGAAGCACAUGAACGUCACGCACAGGAGGAUGCAGAUCUGUGACAAGUGCGGCAAGAAGUUUGUCCUGGAGAGCGAGCUGGCCUUGCACCAGCAGACCGACUGCGAGAAGAACAUCCAGUGCGUCUCCUGUAACAAAUCCUUCAAGAAACUGUGGUCGCUGCACGAGCACAUCAAGAUUGUGCACGGCUACGCCGAGAAGAAGUUCUCGUGCGAGAUCUGCGAGAAAAAGUUCUACACCAUGGCCCACGUCCGCAAGCACAUGGUUGCUCACACCAAGGACAUGCCGUUCACCUGCGAGACGUGCGGCAAGUCGUUUAAGCGCAGCAUGUCCCUCAAGGUGCACUCGCUGCAGCAUUCUGGAGAGAAGCCCUUCCGUUGCGAGAACUGCGACGAGCGCUUCCAGUACAAGUACCAGCUCCGCUCGCACAUGAGCAUCCACAUCGGACACAAGCAGUUCAUGUGCCAGUGGUGCGGCAAAGACUUCAACAUGAAGCAGUAUUUUGAUGAGCACAUGAAAACACAUACAGGAGAGAAGCCGUUCAUUUGCGAGAUUUGCGGCAAGAGCUUCACCAGCCGACCCAACAUGAAGCGCCACCGCCGCACGCACACGGGCGAGAAGCCGUACCCGUGCGAGGUGUGCGGCCAGCGCUUCCGCUUCUCCAACAUGCUCAAGGCGCACAAGGAGAAGUGCUUCCGGGUCACCAGCCCUUUGGUGCUGCAGCCCGGCGGCCCGCCCCUCCCGGUCAACAUCUUUGCCAGCACUUUCUCCUCCUCCUCGUCUGGACCUGGGACUUCCGCGGCCGCCCCGCCGGCCGUCACCGGCGCGACCACCCAGGCGCUCAACACGCCUCGAGCGGCCUUGCCCCAGCGAGGCCCUCUUGGACAAGCAUUCACCCAUGUGCAGCUCCAGCACCCCCAACAGCACCUUUCAAACACGCCGAACACACCCCACCAUGCCCACCAUCACCACCACCUGGCAGUGCCUCCGGUUUCCCACCUGCCCCCUCCCCCGGCCCUUUUUAAAAGCGAGCCCCUCAACCACUGUGGGCACGAAGACAGCACUUACAUGCACCACUUGGCUUCUGCUGAGAAGGGUCCCGGAGCCCCUCAACAUCACUGAAUUACGAGAGCUCAGUCAGUACCAUCAACAACUUCUUGGAUAAAAGAAAAAAAAAAAAAAAAUGUAAACAAGUGGGCCACUUUUUUUUUUUAUACACCAACCAUCCAGCACCAAGUUAAGCUGCGCUUUCACCGAGCAGAUGUUUUUUUUAUCCAUUAAAAAUAAUAAGUCCGAAAAUAUUCUGCACUGCCACUUUCGUCGGGGUACCAGUUAGCGAUGCGCCAAGAAUUCGGUCAUCGACUAUUUCUAUUUGGAAAAUUGUCACUGGAGCAACACAACCAAAACAGCAUGUUGCGUUGUAAGAUUAGACAAGGAAAAAAAAAAAGGGGGACUGACGGUAGAUCCGAAGCGUCAACCCGCCAUAGCCAACCAAGUUGAUGUUGCGGUAUCUUUUUUUAGGAGAUUCCCGAUGCAGACGGGUCGAGUGUAACAACACAGAACUGUCUGGGUUUUUUUUUGUUAUUGCUUGCCCAGAGGCUGAGCUGCUCUGCAUUUGUUUACAGAGCAAAUGUGUGGCUCCAGCCUGAACAACCUUCACCUGUCUGAAUCGCUUGGCCUCUGGACCGAACUGGAAAGUUUGUCAAAACAACCAAACCACGGUCGAACCCAGUUGACUGUUUGGUGGAAACGUGGCUUAACGGUCGAGCCCGAUUGUUAUUCGAAGCAUUUACACCGAAUCCAUUUUUAAAAUCUUGGACCUUCUGAGCAGCCCGUCACAUGUCAAUUCAUGUAUGGGAGCUCCUCUGGAACACAUUUUACAUGUUUGAAAAACUCAGAACUGAUACGGACCUCCUAUUUAAAACAAGCUUGACAAGUAUUCUCAAAUGAAUGGUGAGUGGACUUUUUUUUUUUUUUUUUUUUCCUGGUGGUCAAAAAAUAUUCUGUGAAUGUUGUCGCUGGUUCUACCAGUCACGCAAGAACACAGUGCCAUGGACUCCAGUGUGAGAGAGAGGAGGAGUUUGAUUUUAUUCCUAUUUUUUUUUUUUAGACUUAAAAUGAGCUGUUGGAUCUGAUGUAAUUGUGGUGCUUUCCAUUCCAAUAGACACAAAUUCUUAACUUUGGCUUCGCUGUUCAAAAAUUCAAUAACACCCUAACCUCGAACGGCGGCACACUCAUGUGGAACCGGAGCAGGAUGUGGUCAUUCAGAAGAAACUCAGGUUUUGGUGGCUGUGAACAGAUCAGUGCAACCUCCUCUCUCGUCCCAUACUGCCACUGUGGGAGGCCGCAUACAACUGGCCCCCCCAAUCAGGAUCUACCCAACCCCACCCACCUCUCUUCUGGUCUCCGCUACGCUGCUGUCAAUAAUACGGGUCGGCAUGUUAAAACUCAUUUAAUAUGCUCGCUAUCCACACACACACACAGGUUGCUCAGUUUGCUUUGAUGGUCUUUUUGUUUUGGUGUACCGCAGGGGUCUGUCUUUAGCCCAUUGAAUGUUGCCUACGCAAUGUUUUUGCUUCUCAUUUUUGGCCACCAAACAAUGGAGAAAACGGCAGCCGCGUCACAGCUUCACAUUACGCCAAGAAGUCGGUCGGUCGGAUGAGAAAUUGUAUAAGCCGAUGGUGUGAAUGUUUCCUUAUCGUAGAGCUUCGACUGUUAUCCGACAUACAGUACUGCGCAAAAUAUCUUUAGGAUGUCCGUGGAAAAGAUCAGCUAGAUGAUAUGAACAAAAUUUUGUUGCACAACCAAAUUGAAAUGUGCUUUACAAUGUCAACAUGGUGGACAAAAAAAAAUCUUGCACCAAAUUUUUGCAGUAUUCAGCCCCCGAGUGGUAAAGAUAAAACGUCCUUCCCCCUUCUGAUUAAUUGGACCUGCAGUUUGUCUUUAUGUGGCACUUAGUUCCACAUCUAUCAUCAUCCAGUUGCAAUACGGCUCUUUGUCUUAACUGAUGCCUUUUUUUUUUUUUUUUUUUUGCGUGUAUUCUCUGCACUUUAGCACUGCGUGGGCAAGGCGCAGGGAAGCGGCGUUUGUAUUGUGGAAAAGGCUGCGGUCUAGCCUGCGAGCAAAAAAGGUCGAGGAGGUAAAGGAGAACAGUGGGUGAUGUGGAAGGGACCAUAGCAAAAAAAAAAAAGAUGUUUCUACUCAAAAUAGUGUCCCGGGGGAAAAAAAAAAGGAAA